AUGGGCCUGAAGUGCCCCAGGCUGGCCGCCCCCCUCCCGCCCGGAGCGAGGCGCAGCCCCCCCCCCCCCCCCCCCCCGCCCGGCUGCCUCAGCCUCAGCGGCAGCAGCGGCUCCGCCAGCGGCCGCCUGUCCUCCAGCCCAAGCCUGUCCGCGUCCUCGGGGCCCAGCACCCCGCCGGCCCCGAACCCGCCUCCGCCCCCCAGGUUCCAGCCCUACCACGGCCUCUGGGGGGCCCCGGCCCCGCAGGCCCACUUCUCCCCGAGGCCCCGGACGGCCUGCUGGCUCUCUGCCGCAGCUCGGCGCCUGCCGGCCCCCCAGGCUGCAGCCGGAGCGGCUGGGCCUGCUGCCCGGGCCCACGCCUGGAGGCCGUUCCUGCAGGCCGCCCCUCGCUUCUGA